AUGGCAGGGUCCCCAGAUGAUUAUCGCGAUCAUCGGCGGCGGCGGUCCCCUUCAGAUUCGUCUGCACGCGACAGUGGUCGACGACGCCGAGAUGAAGACGCAGACCGCAGCUCGCGACGCCGUGACGAGCACCGAAGCUCCCGCAGAGAUAGCUCAAGAAGACGGCCAUCGCGCAGUCCAUCCGGCCGGGGAAGCUACAGAAGGGAUCGAGAUCAUCGCCAUCGAGAGCGCAGGAGCUCAGAUGAUGAUCACAGGAAGAGGAGACACUCAUCCCCCGAAGACCGCUCCCACCGACGCCGCCGUGACCGAGAUGUGUAUGAUGAUCGAGACAAGCCUUCCCGAAGACGACGGAGUGUAUCGCGAUCUCGUUCCCGGCCUCGACGCUCGCGCAGCCCUCCUGCAAGGGCGCUGGAACGAUCCAAACGUCCCCUUCCUUCCCAAAACGAAGUGUUCACAUCGUCGGAAGUCACAGGGACGGGGGAAUCGUCUGGGCCGCCAGUUGAGAAGCAGAAGCCCAACUUUGCCAACACAGGACGCUUAGCGGCAGAGAGCAACACCGUCGAUGUCAAUGGAGGAAAGGUAGUUCUCAAAUACCAUGAACCCCCCGAGGCACGCAAACCUCCGGCCAAGGAACCAUGGCGUCUCUAUGUGUUCAAAGGAGAUGAUCUCUUGGAGGUGGUGGAGUUAUACGAGCGUAGCUGUUGGCUUGUCGGGAAAGAACGGUUGGUGGUGGAUUUCCCGCUGGAUCACCCAAGCUGCUCUAAGCAACAUGCGGCUAUUCAGUUCCGUUACGUCGAGAAGAGAAAUGAAUUCGGGGAUCGGAUUGGGAAGGUCAAGCCGUAUAUUAUUGACCUUGAGAGUGCCAAUGGUUCCAGCUUGAAUGGCGAACCAAUCCCGGCGGCGCAGUUUGUGGAAGUGCAAGAUAAGGAUGUGCUACAAUUUGGGUUGAGCUCUCGAGAAUACGUGAUGCUACUGCCACCUCCUGAAGCGAGGUAA